AUGAAGCGACCUCCUUUGCCUUUCUCACAAUCCGGGGUUGGGGUUAAGCCUCAACCACCUUCGUCAUCUCCACCCACCACCAACAAACGACUUCCCGGCAGCACAAAUACUAGCUCAAAUAACCAUUCCGCAAACCGUAUGGGCAGUGUGUCAAACUCCUCAAAAGGCCCCAUGAACCGAGUACGGCCCCAUCUGUCGCAAAAACCUGGGGAACAGUCAUCGCGCAUGGGUCGGCCGAUGACAAGGACAGCCGCAGGCGGGAAUGAGAACCGAAUUUCCAAGAGAUGCCCCGAGCCAUACGUGAAAACAACGCCCUACAUCUUGAAGAAAUACCGCAAAUGCCCCCCAUCUCUCAUCGUGCAUCUUCACCCCACACAUUUUCGAUUCGAACAACAAGAUGGAAGUUUUCCUUACAACUCUGAGAUGAAAAUCAUCAUUGAGCACAUUCGCGCCGGAACUAUUCCACAUGAUUUGAUUGAAGAACUUCUCCGUGCAAACGUACGGUUCUACGAAGGUUGUCUCAUUGUUCGAGUGAUCGACCACAAAUCCGUGUCGGCGCAAACCCGAAAAACGUCCACGGCAGUACCCACCGAGAACAAUACCCCAUUUUCCCUACAUAAUUACAACGAACAUAUCACACCGUCGGCCUAUGUUCCGUACCCGAAACAGAACCAGCUCACCGAUGUGCAAAGCUCCAAAGUGGCCGAGAAUUCCAUUGCUGAUCAAAACCAGGCGGACAAAGAGCUCAAUGGCGAAAUGUCCAGUGCCCAGGAACAAGGAAAGGACUCCGGGAACAAAGCCGAUUCUUCCAAACCUCGAGUCUUUACAACAGUUCUUCACCCUACCGCUCGUGCAUUGCAGGCGGAAUUGACGUUGCUUGUUACCACACCGGACCCUAAAGCUGCACGAACAUCCAACCCUCAAUUGUCUCGUACUCAAUCAUCGUCAGUGGUGCCUCAAUCGCCGGCAACUGCAGGCACUCAGGCCGACCGUAGUCACUCAGCAAAGAGACAAAAGACCCUUAUUGAGCCCCGAGAUCUGCCGGAAUGUGAAGCACUUAUUGUGAAGGCGUUAGCUCCUCCGCUUUACCUGGAGCCUGUAGAUGAUUUUGGAGCCGCGCAAAAAUUGCUUAAGUUCAUGGAAAGCCCACUCCACAGCGAUCCUCCACCAUCACCCAAGCGUCGCAAGAGAACUAUUGCGGAGCUUGCCGCUGAUGAGGCGCUCGCGGCUGAAGAAGAGAGAUUCAUGCUUAUCAUGGACGAGCGACUUGAGCCCACAGGAUCUGGUGCUGCAGGUGGUGUAAAGGCCGCUGCGGCUGAUGACAACGCUGGUGUAUCGGCAUUUGAACCACGUUUCUCUCGCUUCAAGACUCUGGAGACCAUCCGGAUGCAGCACGAGGAGAAGGCUAAGCACGAGCAUGAAGUUAAGAUGAAGUCAGAAAUGGCCAAGAGGCAACAGCAGGAGCAGGAGCGGGAACGACGCCGCGCAAUUGAGCAGCGGCAGGCCGAGGAGCACGCUAAAGAGGAGUCGCGGCGCCAGCUACUAGCAGCGCAGCAGGCACAGGCCCAGAUUGCCGCUCAGCAGAACCGACAUGUCAUGGCACAGGCCAAUGGUGUCAGUCAAGGGCAGCAGUCCUCUCCUGUCAUACGAAAUCAAACUCCACACAGCACUUCCUCGCCAUUGGUUGGUAAUAUCAUGACAACACAGGCGGUUCCAAUGAGCAUUAGUGCAUCCCAGCAGUCUGGAAGCCCACCACGACCCCCGUCUUCCUUGCAGCAUACCCAUCCGACCUUGAUGAGUCACCCAAUGGUACCAUCCAGAAGUCAACAAGGACCGAGUCGACACGGGACUCCGCAGAUGACACAGGGAACGCCAGCGAUGUCCCAGGCCACGCCGAUAAUGCGAAAUGUUACUCCAACUCAGCGGAUGGGUCAUGGCAGUCCAAAUCAUUCGACAAUGAACCAGACUCCAAUGAUGGGCCAGGCCAUUUCCGGCACUCCACAGAUGAAUGGAAUGGGUCUCACUCCCCAGCAACAAAUGAUGAUCCAGCAGAGACAACAGCAGAUUCUUGCCGCCCAGCAGCAACAGGCGCAGGGGCACAUGGGUUCGAAUCAAUUCACGCAACAGCAACUUGCUCAAAUGCAGGCCAACGCGCAUGCCCAGCAGAACAUCUCGCAUCAACAGCAGAUGUUGCAAGCUCAGAAGCAGCAGCAACAGCAACAGCAGACUCACCCGAAUAUGCAGAAUAUGACUCAGCAGAAUCAGCAAGCCUACCAAGCGCAGCUCAUGCGGGCUCAAUUUUCUCAAAUGCAGAUGGUUAAAGGUGGAAUACCCCAAGGUCAACAGGGCCAUGGCAGCCCGCAACAAGGAAUGGCACAGGGCAUGACACCCCAGCAACAACAGCAGCAGCAACAGCAGCAACAACAACAACAACUGAUGAUGGCGGCGGCUCAAGCAAAUGGUGGUCAAAUCUCAACAAUGCAGAAUAAUAUGGCGGCACGAUACAACCGUCUCUGCCAGCAGCGAUUAAUUCACUUGCGACAUGAGAUGUCCCAACGAUUUAUGCAGCAAUAUGGACCCCCAACACAGUAUCCGCCUCAGGUCGCGCAGCAGUACACCGCGGGACUGGAGAAGAGUGCCAAAUUAUGGGUUCAGGAUCUGAUGCGGCGUGAACGUGACGCUGCCCAGCAGGCACGGGCUUCACAGCAAGCUGCGGCUAUGCAGAUGCAACAGCAAAACAUGAUGCAUAAUGGCAUGGGUAACUGA